GUUCCUCUGAGGAGAAGCCAAAGUCAGCAGAAGUAGUCCAGCAGGGAAGAGCGAUUUUUGGGAAGAUGGUUUCAAUUAAGUCGCCGACUCUGGUGCCGAUGUCCUGGGCACAGGCACUGCUCGCUGUAGGCUGUCUGACUGUCGUCCUCUUCGCCUUCCUGCUGGUUCGCCAGCUCGUCAAGCAGAGAAGACCCCCGGGGUUUCCUCCUGGUCCAUCUCCCAUCCCCGUAAUAGGGAACAUUCUGUCUCUGGCCACCGAGCCGCACGUCUUCCUCAAGAGGCAGAGUGAAGUUCAUGGACAGAUAUUCAGCCUCGACCUGGGGGGCAUCUUGACUGUGGUAUUAAAUGGGUAUGACAGUGUUAGGGAGUGCCUUUAUCAUCAGAGUGAGGUGUUUGCCGAUCGCCCAUCCCUGCCUUUAUUCAAGAAAAUGACCAAAAUGGGUGGACUUCUCAAUUGCAAAUAUGGCAAAGGCUGGAUUGAACACCGUAAAUUGGCUUGCAACUCUUUCCGUUACUUUGGCAGUGGUCAGAGACUGUUUGAAAGAAAGAUCUCAGAAGAGUGUAUGUUCUUUGUUGACGCCAUCGACGAGCACAAGGGGAAACCCUUCAACCCCAAACACUUAGUGACCAACGCUGUGUCCAACAUCACCAACCUUAUCAUUUUUGGACAGCGCUUUACUUACGAUGACAGUAACUUCCAGCACAUGAUCGAGAUCUUCAGUGAGAACGUGGAGCUAGCAGUGAGUGGCUGGGCCCUCCUCUACAAUGCCUUCCCUUGGAUUGAGUAUGUGCCCUUUGGAAAACACCAGAAGCUGUUCCGCAAUGCUGCUGAGGUGUACGACUUCCUACUGGAGGUUAUAAAGGGUUUUUCAAAGGGCAGGGUGCCACAGGUACCACGGCACUAUGUUGAUGCCUACUUGGAUGAGCUGGAGCAGCAUGCAGGAGACCCCAGUUCAUCAUAUUCCUAUGAGAACCUCAUCUAUUCAGUGGGCGAGCUCAUCAUUGCAGGCACAGAGACCACAACUAACACCUUGCGCUGGGCCAUGCUGUACAUGGCCCUCUACCCCAACAUACAAGAGAGGGUGCACAGGGAGAUUGACAGUGUGCUGACCAAUGGAAGGGCACCAACUCUGGAGGACAAACAGAGGAUGCCCUACGUGGAGGCUGUUUUGCAUGAGGUCCUGCGCUUCUGCAACAUUGUUCCACUUGGUAUUUUCCGUGCCACCUCCCAGGAUGCAAAAGUCAAUGGGUACACUAUUCCCAAAGGCACCAUGGUGAUCACAAACCUAUACUCAGUUCACUUUGAUGAGAAAUACUGGAACGACCCAGGUGUUUUCUCGCCACAGCGGUUUCUGGACAGCAAUGGCAACUUUGUGAGACGGGAAGCGUUCCUGCCAUUCUCUCUGGGGAGGCGUUGCUGCCUGGGUGAGCAACUGGCCAGGAUGGAGAUGUUCCUCUUUUUCACCACUCUCCUCCAGAGGUUUCACCUCCAGUUUUCUCCAGGAACUGUUCCCACUGUAGCUCCCAAACUGGGCAUGACCUUACAGCCCAAGCCUUACUCCAUCUGUGCCAUCCGCAGGCAGCAGAAAACUCCCUACUGUGGAGACACUCCUUAUCACAAGUAGGCCAGUGGUUAUUCAUGACCUGUUACACCACUUAAGUCAGAAUUUUUCUGUUUUGCACAGCAAUGCAACCACAUGAUAUCGGUGCUUAAAACUGUAUUAGUCUGGACUAUAGUGUCCAGUGGUGCGUUCCAGCUUUUCCGAAAGACUUCGUCAAAGACUCUACAUGUGAACAUGUGAGACAAUUGACUCUCUUGCUAUCGAAUUUGUUUACUGAGCAAUAUGCACGUUUGCACAAUGCUCUAAAGCAGCAGGUUAGGGGACAUAAGUUGGUGCUGAAAGGACAUCCUGGAAAUACAAGUGUGUUAUUGAUUGACUUCUCUGUAGCUCAGAAUUGUUCUGAGCCGCAGAACGUGAAAUGUCUAUGAACCCUGGUGCUGUAGCAAUGGCUUAGAUCAUGUCAAUGAUUGAUACUAAGUACACCUAUGAUGGUUCAUAGCCCUUCCUUCUCGGGACAGGUACGGGUCAGACAAAUGACACCACUGAUUUGUACGUAUAGGGCGAAAUGAGACUGACAGACUUUCCAGUUAUGUCCACUCUGUUGGAGCUGGACAUCAGCCAAUAAUUACGUCAUGUGGACUGACUCUGACCCCUUCUGCAGGGAUAAUGCUCUGUGGAAAAUCUUUCUCUUAGAAGGCAAAUGCAACCCUGGUGGAUUUCUAGAAACUGACUAUGCAACACUGGUUUCUGUUAAAUGGUGCUUAUCAGUACUAACAAAGUACUGCAUUUGUGUGUGAAGUUAAUAUUUGUUUGUCCUUUUUUUGCAAUAGUGGUGGUAUGUACAUUGUUCUGUUUAUAAAGCCUUUGUUAAAAUAUUGAAAGCCUUCUUUUCCUUUCUUCCUUUUAAAUUUUUUCAUUUUUCAUUAACAAAUUUGACAUAAUAUUUAAGUCUGUAACAUUUCAUUUAAUACUUGAAGAACUCAUAAAUAAACACGAUGAGCAGAGAAACCUGCCAUCUACAUAUCUUAUCCUGCUCUGACAAAUCUCAGGAUACCCAGCGUAAUCAUUAACAAUAAUUGUAUGUUUAAGGUGACAGCAGUUGUGUAUUAUACCUAUCCUGUUGCACAGCAGAGAAAUGCAUUGAUAAUCCAGCAAGUUAUGCGCUGUAGAUUCAGUGAUAAUAGUAUAAUGAAUGUGUGAUAUCUUGUAACCAACAAAAUUGCAAAUGCAUUAUUUUGGCCACUUGGUGGCAGUGAAACAAUCUGAACACUGACAUACCAGACUCAGAAAAACUGUCUGCUGUGUGUGGAAACUGAUUACUGCAGUGAUACUAAACCAAAAUGCAAACAUAACAAUGAGCUCAAGCAUGCCAUAACACUCUAAGGGGAACUGCAGAGCCAUGUGGACAUUUUCUGUUGGGUUCUUCACUGAUGAAUUGUCAGUGUAAAAAUAUUGAUGAUAACACCUUUAUAGGCCCUGCACACUAACAACACAUCAGUGUUUCAGUCACUCUGGCUGAUUAGACCUCUGCACGUAUACUAAUAUAAAUGAUAAAGGUAACAGGUGCAACAUAACUAGGAGUGGGUGAGAUGAAACACAGUUUGUACACAGCGACACAGUUCUGAAAAGAUGUGCAAUAAAGCAAUUUUAGUGAAAACAUCGGCUUGUUUUUAUCUCCUCUCAGAUUAUUUGGUGUGGCAAGGACAAAGGAAUGAAGGCGUUUCAUAUAUCCCAGUUCACACACACCCACACACAUACCAAUAAAAAUCAAUGAGAACUGCUCAUACUUUAGGGAUGGUGUUUUAUGACAGCUAUAAAUAACAACAAAAAUCAGUUGCCCCCACAAUGUAGAUAAGGGUGAAUGGUUACAUUAGACAAACGUACAUAUAUUGAUGCUACAUAAGGGAAACAACCAUUCAUAGAUGUAUUUAUGGCACAAUCAUCAGAGGACACUGUGGUUUGAAAGACUGCACAGUAAGAAGCCAACAACUUUUACAACUUAAUGAGCCAGAAUACGUUGGGUCAGGAGCUACCAAGGCUUUAUGAUCCAGCAUGGGUCCAUGUGAAAAAACUGACAACAGAGUUGUCAGAAUGUAUAUAUGGCUCUGACCUGAGUCCAGCUUCGACUCUUAUCACUGUCCCUGCCACCUCGAGCUUUGGUGGAAUAUUUGACUCGAGGUGUUUCUCUUGCACGAAUAGUACUGGAGCCCAGAGAUAUUUGCCAAUCAGUGUAUCACAGCCCACAAACUACUGUACUGUGUGUAGGUAAAGUUUGGCACUAGUUGGGUCGACUAAGACAACAGUGAGAGUGAGAGAGAGAGAGAGAGAGAGAGAGAGAGAGAGAGAGAGAGAGAGAGAGAGAGAGAGAGAGAGAGAGA